UUACUGUUUGCGCCGGCCGAGUGAGGCCGCCUUCGGAGCAAGAUUGCUGUACACCCCAAAUACAUACGUAGAAAGAGAGCUCGGUAGAGAUCAACAUUGCGAUCUCGUUUGAGAUUCAAACGCUGUGCGAUUGAUCAGAGGCCAACAACCAAAGCGAACACUUGCAGUUGUUGAUUAGAGGCAGUGUCUUGGGGCGCAGAAUAUAAGAAAUCGAAAACAGAAAACAAACAAAGCCCAAAAGUGACACAGAGUCCGAGCGAGAAGCAAAUAACCUGUUUCAAAAUUGUCUAAAAUUGAGAUCGCUUCGAAAUGUCCACAGUGCCGGAGACAUCUUUCGCUGACCUGAGUUUGGCAGAUAAGACUGCGGUUAAGAAGUCGAGCAUUAUAGCUCGUCGUUUUUCCGAUGUGUCCACCUGCUCGUAUAGCUCCACUUGUUUCACGGGGAGUUCAGAUGAGGAUGAAGUCUCACCCAAGGACAACAGGCAGAGCAACUCGAGCGGCAGCACCGAUUUUUGUAUAAAGAAUAUUAGCAAGAGUGCGUUUGGACGCAGAGAGAUCGAUAUUGCAGAGUCGGAAAUGCCUGGAAUAAUGAGCCUACGGAAGCGGGCAUCCGAGGAGAAGCCCUUGAAGAAUGCCAAUAUUGUCGGCUGCACGCACGUGAAUGCGCAGUCUGCUGUGCUCAUUGAGACUCUGGUCCACCUGGGUGCCUCGGUCCGCUGGGCGGCCUGCAAUAUUUACUCGACACAGAACGCGGUGGCUGCGGCGUUAGCUGAGGCAGGCGUGCCGAUCUUCGCAUGGCGCGGCGAGACCGAGGAAGACUUUUGGUGGUGCCUGGACAGGUGUAUCCACAAGGAGGGCUGGCAGCCGAAUAUGAUCCUGGAUGAUGGCGGGGAUGCCACGCACUUGAUGCUCAAGAAGUAUCCGGAUUAUUUCAAGUCGAUUAAGGGCAUUGUGGAGGAGAGCGUGACGGGUGUCCAUCGGCUGUACAUGCUAUCAAAGGCCGGAAAACUGACCGUCCCGGCAAUCAACGUCAACGACUCGGUGACGAAGAACAAGUUUGACACCUUCUACACUUGCCGCGAUUCCAUUCUCGACAGUCUAAAGCGCACCACGGAUAUAAUGUUUGGCGGCAAGCAGGUCGUUAUCUGCGGCUACGGGGAUGUUGGCAAGGGCUGUGCCCAGUCACUGAAAGGCCAAGGAUGCAUUGUCUAUAUCACCGAGGUUGAUCCGAUAUGCGCACUUCAGGCGGCUAUGGACGGGUUCAGGGUGAUGCGCCUCAGCGAAGUCAUUCGGGACGUAGAUGUGGUCAUCACGGCCACGGGAAAUAAGAACGUCAUAACCCGGGAUCACAUGAAUCGGAUGAAGAACGGAUGCAUUCUCUGCAACAUGGGUCAUUCCAGUUCCGAGAUCGAUGUGAGCAGCUUACAUACACCUGAACUGAUUUGGGAACGAGUGCGCUCGCAAGUGGACCAUAUCAUUUGGCCAGACAAAAGAAUGAUUAUCCUGCUGGCCGAGGGACGACUUGUUAACCUCUCCUGCUCGACCAUUUCGUCGUUUGUUGUGUCCGUGGCUUCCUCCACCCAGGCUCUUGCCCUCAUCGAACUGUACUCUUCGCCUGGAAGAUACAAGUCGGACGUUUACUUGCUGCCAAAGAAAAUGGAUGAGUACGUAGCCAGUCUGCACCUGCCCACUUUUGAAGUGCACCUGACGGAGCUGACGGAUGAGCAAGCCAAGUUCAUGGGCUUAAACAAGGCCGGACCUUUCAAAGCUAACUACUACAGAUAUUGAUCACUUUACUCGCAUAGUUAUUCAUUAUAGUUAUUAUUCUCCAGUAUUUUGAUGUUAUUAAAGAAAGAAGAGGCAAAGGUUUUGUUAAA